UGCAAUUAUCGAACAUUUGAUAUCUUUUUUGCAAUUCAACGAGCUACGAAUACGGUCUCAGAGCCAUUUAAUUCGCGCUUAGCGAAAUGCCCCGCGAUUCUCUAUCUCUUAUUAGACGAGCGUACCGGCAAGAAUCCGAGACGGCCGUGCAGAUUCCAUGGAAGGCGAUAGGUGCCACUUGUUUCACUGUGCUCAUUGUAAUCCCAUUUUUAGUGUACUUUCUUGAGGCCAACCCAUCAAAGAGCUUCCCACCGACGUCUACAAGUAUGGUCAGACCGCCCGUACCCGCGACUGCUACAAUGCCUGAAAGACAGACAGCUAAAAAACCUGCUGGACGACACCUACCAGAGACAGACUUCGAUUCAAUACCCGCUCUUCCUGCCAUACCUGGCGUGCUCCUCUGCGGCUCCAACGGUGGCAACAGAAGUCUUAUCGAUGCCUUGACUGGGUUCUGCACUCACGCCAUGUUCACGGGACCCAUGAUACUGGAGGAGGAUGAUUACGGAAGACGGUUCAUCUACCCGCACGAACGCCAGACAUUCACAGAGUUCUUGAAGGUCAAAGAGCCGGUGAUGAAGUACUUAUCCCUCCAGGGCAAGCUUUUCGAAGGCAAAAAUGGUGGCGAAUUGGUGGCCAUCAUUUCCAAGUUUCUUAGCAGAAACGGCCUAGACGGAAUUCAGCUUCAGCUGCAGGACAAAUUAGAGCUGGACAUCGCUCCUACUAUUUGCCGGGAGUUCCAGAAAAUCCACCCGGGUGAGCUGCACAUCAUUCUCUGGAUUUCCCAUACCUUGAUGCCCCAAAAGGCAUUUUUUGUUAACGUAACGACGAACGUGGAAUAUAUAGUAUUCGAGACCCAGCGCCUUCGAGCCGAUGAGCUGCACUCGUUGCGGUUUCCUAACCCGUACGGGCCUUUCGACAACUCCGACAGCAACGAUACCUUUCUGGCACAACAAGUUGCUCAGCUAGUCCCACUGCGGCGCCACCUAGAAGCCAGCAACUGGUGCAUUAGUAUGGCGCUGGGCGGUGUAAAGUGUUUUAAAGAUGCCCUAUACUCCAAGAUACUGCUUGUUACUGGUUGCGAUCCGGUUACUAUGAAAGAGGUAUGCGAACAGCUACGAAACCACAAAUCCAGGUACAGCAGAGACGCCAUGUCUCGUUAUUUCACUGCGGGGCAAGCAAUGUACGGGUACGAUGACAGAGACAGCCUCGUCGAAAAGUUGAUGAAGCUUCUCUACCAAUACCCUGGAUUCUGCAUCUCUGCGUACGAUGUCGAAUACGACGACACGGACAAUUUCUGCCACGACCACGAAGUGGAUCUUGGGACGCCCCUUCUGAGGGUUUUGUCCCAACUUGUUUCGGCUCGCAGUGAAAAGCACGGGCUGAGAUAAUAAAUUUGUUUACCACAAUGU